CACCGGACAUUCAGACAGUACACAUUGGAUUAUCUUAUCAAGCACACCUAAUAUGGGAAUAUAUAAAUUUUAAUUUAAAGUGGAUCCUGCAGUGUGUUUUCAUUUUUAAAACCUUUUUUUGUGUUUUAUAAAUAUUUCCAAGUGAAUUUAACGAGUUACAAACGAAGUGCUUCGAUUUAUUACGAUUUAAAUCAAUAGAAGAAGAAAAAGCAUAUAUAAAGUCAUAAAUUAACAAAAUGAUUCGAAUUACUCUUAUUUUAAUCGGCACCGUUGCCGUUUUGAAUGUAGUUUCGGCUGCCAACGAAAAUGUGACAAUCGAACAAAUCUACGACAUGGCUUCGAAUAUUUUAAAUGCAACUGAUAAAUGGCAAGAGGAACUUAAGGAGUAUUCAGUUGAAGGAAGAAAAUCAAAACUCUUUCCGUUCUUAUUGCCAUUCCACGCUUUGUGGGGUUUCGGUGGUUUGCAUGCAUUGGGCAUUUUAUUUGCCAUCAAAUUUAAAAUCAUAAUCGUUGCAUCGAUUAUUGCUUUCGCUGUUUAUUAUUAUGCCAAGUUUGUGGCAGUUAAAAAAUGUCAUGGGGACCAUUUACGCGAGGGUAGCAUUUAUCCAUUGGAUAGCACAUACACGGGUUCAUCGUACUAUCAUAGUCCAGUAACAUCUUAUUCAAGCCCGUUGGAUAUUUCGAGUCAUAUUUCUUAUCCAAGCGUCGAACCGUUUAGUGGAUAUCAUGGUUCGGCUGUCCAUUCAGAUAUACCAUCAUAUGCAUUCGACCAUCAUGAUCAUCAUGAUGACUUCCAUGACCAUCAUCAUGAUUAUCACCAUGACUUCGAUCAUCAUUCGCACGAUUUUGAAAAUUAUUUCCCCGAUCAUCCACAUGAUAUUUCAUCGCCGCCAGGCGGUGAUUCACCACUACCACCGUCAUCCACAAAUGAUGGUAAAGACUCACCAGACAACUCACCGCCCACAAUGUCAGCCACAUAUCGUCGAGUUGGAAAACAUCGUCGACGACGUGCAACCAGACCACAAAUCGAUUUUAUCGAUAUUGGAGAAUUGGCCUUUCGAUUUUUAGGUGUUGACACAGAAGGUUGCCGAAAGCGAUUUGUGUGUGAACUUGAUUUUCGUGCUAGAGCCAAUCCAAUCACUCGACUUGCCUUUUCAUUUAUCGGGAGAAACUUCUUCGAACGCUAUCGCAUUUUGGACAAAAAUAUCGCCAAACCGAAAAAAUUCUCAGAUUGUUCCAAAGCGUUUAACGAUUGUAAAGAUGCCGAAAAAUACAAUGAUGUUGAUGAUGACGAUGAGCAGGAAGAGCAAGCAAGCACUACUGAAAAUCCAGAUACACAAGAGGAAAAUGAUAAAGAAGGUGGCGGCGAUUCGUCUCAAGAUGAAGAAUCAAGCCAGCCGGACAAUGAAAUCAAUAAUGUACGUAGUAAACGAACGUACAAACCCAUUCGAAUUUAAUUAUAAAAUGAAUAAUUUCUACGGUAUGAAAAAAAAAAUUGAACAUUACCUCAACAUCGAAUUUAUAUUUCUCGUAUUUAUUUAAUUUAUUUAUUUAGUUUAUUUAUUUAUU